CCGGCUCGGGAUCGAACAUAUCCCUGAAGCGUUGCUGCAUUGGUACACGCCGGACGGACAGCCACGGCAAUGGCCACUGCAUCCUUUAGAGUCGGCAAGAAAGAGCUCUUCAUUCCCAAUGUCAACAUAGCUUUCAUACGAGGACGAUUACCACACGAAGCAAGAUUUCAAGUCCCGCUAUGGUUCUCCAAGCUCGACCUUCGAGACUAUCUUUGGCACGCAUACCAAGUUGAGAUUCUGCGCGUCCGUUCCUACGUCAAACAGUCGCGCGUACAAUCUGGCAAGCCCCAUGAGAUUCGGCCCUCGGUCAGAAGAUGGCACCGACCGAAGGCGAAAAAGUACAUGACAGUCUCCCUCGUACGUCCUUUCGUGUGGCCGGAAAGAUCGGAAGACCACGAAGAAUGGAAUAGGAAGGAGGUUAAGGCAGGUGAUGAAGAGACACGAAAGAUGCAGGAGAAACUGGGCAGUAUGUCAGACGCCAUGGUCAACGAGGAGCGGAGAGAAAGAAUGAAAGAGCAGGCGAAGGCAUUAUUGGAAGGGAAGGCCAAGUGGAAAGCGCCGGAUGAGAGAUCGAGGUAUAAUACCAGCUUCUUGAGAGGGCAGUGAGUGCGCUUUGUUCUUCUCCUUCUCGUCAGAUCUCGUAUAGCAUGACGAGCGGACUCGGCUAAGUCCUCUGCCAGUAUCAAUACAAGCAUCCGCGCCUUCUCUA